UUUCAGGUCAGUCGCUAACGGUAUCCUUGUGCUGGUUGUCGUCUUUAUUUGCGUUAAAUAAACACGAAUACAAUAAAGAUUAUCGCGAAAUAUCUAUCUUUUCCUACAAUCGCUAUCUUAUCAGGCAUUGUAAAGGAUAAAUCGAUCAUGCUCAAUCUCCAGUGUGCCUUAUUUAUGUCUGUGUUAUGAUGUGCUACUUAGCUUAAUUAUUUUACAUUUAUCGUUAUUUACUGUUGAUUUUUUGAGUGAAAAUGCCUUCCAGACAGAGAGAAACUACGGUUUCCAUGCCGCUGACACCAUCGCGGUCCGAUUUGUAUUGGCGCAGAAUUUUUGAAAAGUACGACAAAGAUAAAGAUGGACGAAUCUCCUACGUGGAGCUUAAAGAGAUCAUCAACUCGGUGGAAUACCAACAUGACCUGCCAGACAAUGUGGUGGACAAGAUCAUGGCUCUGGCCGACAGAGACAACUCAGGGUACCUAGACUUCAACGAAUUCGUGGCCAUGAUGCAGAACCCAGACUUGAAAGCAGUAUUUGGACACUUUGUAGCGAGAUAUGUGCACUCUAUCAUACCCCAUCGAGGACCAGUAGAUACUACAGGAACGUGGACAGGUUUCCGGCCAGUUACCAGAAGUGAUGGCGCCCAUAGCACGUCAAUCUUUACAUACUCAGACGGGACCUAUGAAGAAGAGUACAGCUGUUGGCCGCCCGCCAUCUGCAUGAUCCUCAUCUCCCUGGUGGAAAUCGUUCUGUUUUGCUACGAUGCUGCUCACGGACACACGCAAGGCGAUGGAACUAUCGCCAAGCUAUUCAUCUACAACCCACACAAGAGACAGGAGGCGUGGAGAUUUAUUACCUACAUGUUGGUCCAUGUCGGCGUGGUCCACCUCCUAGUCAAUCUUCUGGUGCAAUUGUUCCUCGGCGUCCCACUAGAGAUGGUGCAUCGAUGGUGGCGAGUGGUGCUGGUGUACCUGGCGGGCGUGGCCGCAGGGUCCCUGGCCACCAGCCUCACAGAUCCCAAGGUCUAUUUAGCUGGAGCUUCAGGAGGCGUGUAUGCGUUAAUCGCAGCUCAUAUCGCUACUAUUAUUAUGAACUGGUCGGAAAUGGAGUUUGCCAUCAUCCAGCUAUUGGUGUUCGUGUUAUUGGCGGCAGUAGACAUUGGUACCGCUGUGUAUGAUAGAUAUUGGCGGCAUCUAGACCAAAACAUUGGUUACGUUGCACAUUUAGCCGGAGCUGUUGCCGGUCUUCUAGUAGGCAUCGGUGUUCUUCGUAAUCUUGAAAAGAGGAAAUGGGAGAAGCGGCUCUGGUGGGCGGCAGUUCUCAUCUACUGUUCUCUAAUGGCCGCUGGCAUCCUAGCCAACAUCUUCUGGACUGAGAGAUUCCAGAAAAGUCAUUAAAUAAUAAUCUAAGUCUGAACCUAUCUUUAGGUACCUGAUUUUUACCGCAGGCUUCUUUUUGAGAACUUUUUUAGGUGAACAAUAGGCUUUUGAGACGCUUAUAUAAUACCUAGGGUUAAAAGAAGCCGAGCAGAAAGCCCCCAUUUUAUUCUGGCAACUUUGGAUUUGGCCCUAUAGUCAAGUCACUGUAGAAUCAGUAUACAUUGAUUUUCUAUAAACACCCUAACAAUAUGACACUGCGUGAUAAAUCGAGCUAUACCUACAAUUUACAAAUAGAGGUGCAUUUAGCUAAUUAUUUUAAAAGAAUAAUCUUCAUCAGUUUAUCAGUCAAGUCAGUACUAUUGGCAAGUCCCGCUUGUUAAGCUAAAAAUUACUCUUUUCCUAUCUUUACUCUUGUCGAAAUUUUAUUUUAUGAAUUAUGAAAUGUUGAAUUUGCUCUCUUUUCUUGUUCAAGAUGCAUUAUACGCAAAUGAAAUACUAUUUUUAAAAUCAUUUGAAGGUAACCCUAUUACAUAAUAGGGUUCACGGAUUCAUAACAUAAUUGUAAAUGUGUGUUACAUUCUAUGCCCAUCUCCCCUUUGGAGAUUAAAACGCAUGAGGUUAUGUUAUCUGCAUGAAAAAAAAAUAUGAGGUAGGAUUGUCAUUUAUGUGUCUUAAAAUGUAUUAUAAAAUGUACUAUUGUGGCCUAUAGGAUUAUUGCUAUUUUUCGAGCUUUCUUCUUACAAUUAAAAUGAGAUAGGCAUUGUAAAUUUUGAACUUAAAUGCCCCAUGUAUUUUAGCGUAAAAUAUUGAACAAGUUAGGUUAUUUUAUUAAUGUUCAUAAGGCCAUUUUGUGGCGUUUACUGUUUAUGGUAUUGCGACAAAAACGACGCGUUAUUGACGCUACGAUUAUGUAAAUGAAAUUGAGAAUUUAAAUUGAAAACGACAAAACAAUGGAAUUUUUGUGAACAAAUUUUUGUAUUAAAUAAAAGUAUUAAACAGUAAUACUAAGAUUUUCAAAAUUUGAAAAUAGGUUUAAUUACGAUUUUUUGAGAAUUUUACUAUACCACCUCUUUCGAAAACAUUUAGAAAUAUUCUAGUUUGACAGCAUAGACACAGAAAUAUAAUAUUACAAUAUUACUUGUAUUUUAAUAGCAUGCGCGUACGCACAAUGCCUUAUUAAUAGUAAUAAUACUUAAAUGUAUUUUUUAUAUAUAUUUUCUUCUUACCACAGCUUUUACUAGUACAAUAUACCUAAAAAUAAAUUCUAGCGGAAUAGGAAGUUAGUUUAAAUAUAGCCUAUAUUGUGUAGCUGUGCUGUGCCGUCCUGUCCGUUGCCAUGGAAACGAUGUUUGGAAUGUAAAUAAUUGUAUUAAUAGAAAUGCUUGCUGUAUUAUUAUGUAAAGAAACUAUCGUUAGCUAUUUCAAUGGUGCAUGUACAAGUGUGGCAUGUUGACUUCGAAUCUUGGCGCCAAUAUUGGCUUCUAUAUAAAAAGGAACGUAAAUAAAAGUAGAGCCUGAUAGAAUUUGCUAUAUUUUUUAAGAUAAAGACAGUUUUUUCUUGAAUAAAGUAUUUUUAUUCAAAUUGACAAGUCAAUUUCCUAUUUUAAGUAAAGGUUUCAGCAUAAGCAAUAUAAUAAUGUACACAGUCCAUGCGCACUCUGCAGAAAGAAAUAUUUUUAAUCUGUGGUCUGUAGCUGGCGGGAAAACGUGAAAGGAAAUGUCACGUGCCUUAUUUUAUGAAUGAAAAAGAAAAUGUAAAUAAUUACUACUUUCUAUGCAUUUACUGUCGAGUUUUUACGAUAUUUUUAUACACAAAUGUAAUUAAUACUUUUUUUGUAUAUUUCCUGAUGUUGGUCGUCUCGUGUUGUUUAUUGUUUUAGUAAUAAUUAAAUUACUUCGAGUUAAACUAUUAGCUGCUAGAUGUCCUGUAAUUUCGCCAUUAAAUUGUAUAAUUUAUGUUUGUUUUGUUAUGUACAGUGAUGUGUGAUUGUGAUAAUAUGUAUUUUAUUUACUCUUGAUUUGAAAUACGUGAUAACGCAACUUUUAGUUAAAAUUUCUAGGCUAAGGCAACUACCAAUGGCUUUAGUAGAAGAAAAUGCGAUACUAUUUGAUCUUGACUCAAGAUUCUUGAACCAUCUUUUGACAGCUACAGUAGCGCCAUCUAGACGGCGCAAAAACGACAGUCCUUAGAUUUGUUUUUUAGAUUGCUGUUUACAACGCAAGUGAUUUAAAAACAACCAGUGAUUUUAACUAUUUUAUCAUUCAUAUUUAAAAACUCACUAAUCCUACUAAAAGUGUAAAUAAUAAAUAACAGUAAAAUAGUUUUCAAGUCAAGAGUUGUAUUGUGUUCAAGUUAGUUUUUAUGUUGUAUUUAUUUUAAGAGUAAAACGUUAUAUUUUACACAAUAGAUAAAUAAAAGUUUCGAUGAUGAUAAUAGUUUUAAAAACAAUUUAAAUAGUUCUAAAUUUUCAAAUUGCCGUUUUAUUACGACAUUCUUGAUAAGAUAAGAUGAUGUUUUUUUAAAGGAUACUUUUGAUGCAGCCCAUUACUUAAAGCUUUAAUAUGCCUACUUUGACUUCUCGAAUUAGAAAUGGAUUAAUAAUAUACAAAAUUUCUAUUUUGUUGUCAAUAUUUAACAGUAGAGAUGGAACUACCCCUACUUUCUUACUUAGUAAUAUUGUAAAUGCGAAAUUGUUUAUUUGUUUGUCAUAUAUUUAAAUCUUAAGAGACCGAAGAAACCGCGGGCGAAAAGUUAGCACAGAAUAACCCAAAAAUACGCGCAAAGUACAGUACCUACAUAGCUUGAGAUUACAAAUAUAAUAAUUAUAUUUUUGCAGAGUUUAUGCCUAAGUGAAUUUGUUAGAAUAAGUUCCUAUGUUAUUCUAGAUGAAACUGCUGUUUUAUUGCACAAAUCAUUUGUUGUAUGAUUUAGAUUUAACUGAAAAAGAAAGAAAUAAUAAACUGCAUUAUUUUUUA